UGGUCAAAGCUGGUCAGGGCAUUGAAACCGCCGGGUGUUGUAAAUAGUAGGGGCGCGCAUCUUAUGCCGUUCCGCAAAUAGUGGGGCGCGCAUCUCAUGCCGUUCGGUGACUCAAGACUAGAGACAGGCAUCUCUGAGCCAGUGCUCUAACCAGUGUGACACAGUUCUUCUCCAGUGAUCAUCAGACAAUCUAAAGCACCAUGGCUGGACAAGUUGAAGAGCUAGUCUUGGACCUGCCAUCAAUGAAGCGUGAUCUUCGAACCAUACGUGGCCUAUGUCGAGAACGGUAUUUGCGACAUUGUAGCAAGUGGUGUGGGGAGAUGCUUUUGGCACUGCAAGAUGUGAAAGAAGAUGCAUCACAGCCGAUCGGUGACAUCGAGACCGAGCCCGGGGCCGAGUCCGAGUCCGAGUCGGAGUCCGAGUUGGAGGCGGCCGAGCUGGCGCACGACUACCUCCUGUGCGGCGAGCUGGACCGGGCGGCGCACCAAAGUGGCCGCUGCGUGGGCCGGCGCGGCCGCUUCCUGCACCUGUACGCCCGCUACCUGGCGGCGGAGCGGCGCCGCGCCGAGGACAGCCCCGACCCGCUGACGCCGGCGCAGCGCCUCAAGUCGCCUGAGCUGGCUGAGCUGCGCGCAGAGCUGCAGGCGCUGCACGCACGACCCGACGCUGACGGCUUCGUCAGCUACCUGUACGGCGUGGUGCUGCGCCGGCUGGAGCUGCGCACGCCGGCGGUGGAGGCGCUGGUGCGCGCCGUCACGCGCCAGCCGCUGCUGUGGCAGGCGUGGCUCGAGCUGGCCGCGCUCGUCACCGACCGCGAGAUGCUGGCGCUGCUCACGCUGCCCGACACCUGGAUGCGCCAGCUGUUCUACGCGCAGGUGUUCCUGGACCUGCAGCUGAACGCCGAGGCGCUGGCCAUCUACCGGGGCUUCCAGCAGGCGGGCCUGCAGCGCGCCGCCUACAUCAGCGCCCAGAUCGCCAUCGGCUACCAGAACAUGCGCGAGGUGGACCAGGCCAUCGAGGUGUUCCAGGGCCUGCUGAAGACCGACCCGUGCCGUAUGGAGAACAUGGACUCGUACAGCAACCUGUUGUAUGUGAAGGGCAUGCAGGUGGAGCUGUGCAACCUGGCGCACAACCUCUCCCAGAUCAACAAGUACAGCGUCGAGACGUGCUGCGUCAUCGGCAACUACUACAGCCUGAAGAACCAGCACGAGAAGGCGAUCCUCUACUUCCAGCGCGCACUGCGGCUGAACUCCAGCUACCUGGCCGCCUGGACGCUGAUGGGCCACGAAUACCUGGAGCUGAAGAACACCAACGCCGCCAUCCAGUGCUACCGGCAGGCGAUCGACGUCAACCGCCUGGACUACCGCGCCUGGUACGGGCUCGGCCAGAUGUACGAGAUCUUGAAGAUGCCGCUGUACUGCCAGUACUAUUACAAGCAGGCGCACCAGCUGCGACCCAACGACAGCCGCAUGCUGAUGGCGAUGGGCGAGUCCUACGAGAAGCUGGACAAGCUCCAGGAGGCCAAGCGCUGCUACUGGAAGGCGCACAGCAUCGGCGACAUUGAAGGUUUCGCGCUGCUGCGGCUGGCCAAGCUGUUCGAGCGGCUGGGGCAGCCGAUGCGCGCCGCCGCCGCCUACGCCGACUACAUCCGCGACUCGGAGGGCUCCGACGUCUGGGACCGCGAGGAGCAGGCGCAGGCCUACCGCUUCAUGGCCAACUACUUCCUGGUGCGCGGCCAGCUGGACGAGACGGCCCACCACGCGGCCAAGUGCACUGAGUUCCCCGAGACGCGCGAGGAGGGCAAGGCCAUACUGCGUGAGGUGGCGCAGCGGCGGGCGGACGAGGGCGGCACUGCGGAGCUGACCGAGCCGGGCACGGCGCCGCCCACCGCGCCGGAGACGUCUGGCCAGCUCGCGGCGCACGGCGACACACCUCUGGGCAUGUCGCCCCUGCCGCCGUUCAAGCUGCUCUUCAGCCCGUGAUGAGGCCGCUGGGAGCGUGGGUCGCCGCUGAGCGGUGGGGGAGGGAAGGGGUCGGUGGAGCUCAUCUGGGGCGGUCUGCUGUGGUGGCUGGAUGUUGUUAAACGCUGAAGGGUAUCAUGGCACACGCUUUCAGUGUAUGGGGGCCGCUGCGAGUUUAUCGCGGAUGAACUUGUGAACUCAAUACAUGUUUCCACAGAG